AUGAAUAGAAAUUACUACGACCGAUGGGCUGAUAACGACUAUGAGCAGCUAUCAGAAUCCUGUCGUCUUGGACCAACUGACGAGUCUAAAAGCGGUUUCAAUAUAUCACGAUCUUUCGAAAAUGCUGAGGUUCGGGAGUCCUCUGAACUUGAUAUGAAGCGAUACUAUGGUUUAACCGAAGUUGACUCCAGUCUACAAGAUGCCAUAGUACGGAUGAAGUAUGUGCAAAAUGUGCUUAAUAAAAUAACACUCACAAAUAAGAGCACCGAAUUUUGUAAAUUGGUAGAAGAUUUCUUGCAUGACAUUCAAGAAAUGCAAUUGAAGUUCGAAACUAUGCUUUCGCCAUUUGCAAAUCUGGAACAAUUUUCGACAGACCUAAUAACUGAUAGCGAUCACAGUACAGCAAGCACUGCAACAUCACUCACAUCUGAUAUAUCGAUUGAACAAACAUGA